AUGAAAAACUCUCCAAGAGGCCUAAUGUCUGCUCUACAAUACAGAAGGUCUCCUUCAGAUGGAUUAAUUUAUAAGGUGAAAAAAAGCGAUUAUACAGUAGAAGAAAUAAUUAGAGACAGAAGGGCUGCAAUAAAAAGUGGCAAACUUAAAGGAAGGCAGCUUUUGGGAGCUUUUGAAGGGGCAGCUGAGAUGGAAUUAGAACAGAAAAAAGAUGAAGAAAUUGCAGGCAGUGAGUGUUUGGUUUCUGUUUGUAAAGAGGAUGGAAAUUCAGUCCAGAAAAAUGCGAAAAAUCGUCGACAGAAAUUAUCUGUCGGUUCUUGUUCGGGAUCUGAUUCUCUGUCCGAGGUUAAUCAAACGUUGGACGAAGCAAAAAAGGAAGAAGAAUUGAAGGUUAAAAGAGUUUGUAGAAAUUUGAGAGUUAAUGGAGGAAGAUUCAUGCAUGCAAUGGCUUGGUUUGCUUUUGUGUCAAUGCUGUUUACUCUUGUCCUCAUUUCAAUGACUUGUGGUGGAAAAAAUGUGCAUGAAGAAGACAAGGUAACAUACCUAGUACCAACAUAA